ACCUGGGUAAGAGUUUGGGAACUUGGGCUUAGACCGUGGGGAACAGUACUGGGCAGUAUCCCACACCUCAUCAUCUGAGGAGGAUUCAUACACAAAUACAGAAGAACCGUUUGGAUUCUAAGAGGACUUUGCUUUAACCAAGAUGAACUUUGCUGCCCAGUUAUUUUAUUCAAGCUACUUGAGUGAGAGACUAGAACGAUUGUUUUCACCAAAGCCUGCCAUUGAAGGCAUCGAGGAGAAUGACCCCUUUUGGCACAGAGAGGAGCUGCGACUGGGCCCUGCACAACCAUAUGACCCUCACAAAGGAGCGCUGCUCAGUAAUGGCGCCGUGGGCCGCAGACCGACCCUCAUUGAACCAGAGAGGUUGAAAGACUUUGGUGAGGAAGAACUCCUCAACGGGGACGUGAAGGUCUGUGAGACCAAAGUGGUGGUCGAAGCACCUGUAGUCGCGCUAAAGGAGCCACCUAAAACCAGACGUGUCAGCGAGUUCAGGAUCGUCCCCAGACCGGUCCCUCAGUACCUGCGCUUUGAGGACAUCAGCGCCGCCGCCUUUACGAUCCAAUCAGGCAUACAGAAGACGCCUUGCACAUACUCCCGGCUGUCCAAACAGUAUGGUAUGGAGAUUUAUCUGAAGAAGGAGCACUUGCACUACACGGGCUCAGUGAAGGAGAGAGGAGUGCUGUACAUGCUCUCCUCGCUAACACAGGAACAGCAGAGGAAGGGAGUGAUCGUUGCCACUGACUGUAAUUUCUCCAUGGCCGUGGCCCACCAUGGAGUGGAGCUGAAGAUCCCCGUGUUUGCCAUCAUGCCGUCAUGUUGUUCCUCACCUCGUCUCAGGAUCUACAGAGAUUAUGGCGCCAUGGUCAUCUCCUAUGGCAGUACCGGUCACGACUCUCAGAACCACGCUCGCCAUCUGGCCAAAGAAAAUGGAUACCUCUACCUGGAAGAAGAUGAAAGUGCGACCUACCUGGCGGGACUGGGCACAGUGGGCAUGGAGAUUUACGAACAAGUGUCCAAGCUUGAUGCGGUGGUGGUUCCUGCAGCUGGACAGUACGGUCUACUGACCGGCACGGCGGCAGCCAUCAAGCAUCUCAACUCACACGUUCUAGUCAUAGGAAUAGAACCUGAAGGUUUCCCUUUGCUGCUGCAAUCUCUCAAGACAGAUGGCCCCAUCAAAGACAUUCAUUGCAACCCGAGUACCAAGCUGUACGGAGAUCUCAUGGGGUGCGCACUCGGUAUCAACACCUUCCAGCUGGCCAAGAAACUAGUAGAUAAAGUCAUCUCUGUCAGUGAGGAGGACUCUUUGGUGGCAAUGUUGAGGUUUCAAGAGUUUGAGCGUUCCACCGUGGACACCGAGGGAGCCAUGGGAUUGGCUGCCAUUUUGGCUGGACAACUGACAGAACUGAGAGGCAAAAGGGUGGCAGUCGUGGUGAGCAGUGCUAACAUGGAGCUGGAUCUGGUGAGGCAGUGUGUGGACCGAGCCCUGGUGCUGGAAGAUCGUGUCAGCAAGUUCUCAGUGCGGCUGGGAGAAUGGCCGGGAGACAUGGCCAAGCUGCUGGAUGUGCUGUCCAGAGAGGACGUCAGGUUGCUGGAUGUCAGCCAUCGGAGGUAUAGUGACAAGUCGGAUCUCUUUAGGGCAAAGGUGGAAUGUGUGGUGGAAACAAGGGACAAGACACAAAGCACACAGCUGCGGAAGACGCUGAGUGAGCGCUACCCGUCUCUGUGCUGGCUGGAGCGGUGAUCGGCAGAAAAUUCUGAAAACCAUUCGUCGUAACAAUGUUAAAUCCGGGGAUGAAACGACACAUCUAUAAAAAAUCUGGGAGGACAGAGAACUCAAAUCACAUCCUGACAAUGGAUGUUUUUAAUAUCUGUGUGUGUACAGAAAAGCAACACAAUUAUAGGGCAAAUGAUAUUCAUAUUACAUCUCCUGUAUUAUUUAUUCCAAGCAUUGGAGUAGUUAGUGAGGCUGGGUCAAGCUCGUGUAGUCUGCUCUCAAGGGAGCACGACUGAUGCAGUGCUGGUGUAAGCUCCCCAACAGACACACAUGGAAGCAUUUCAUGCCCAAUAUUGGUUACACUCGCACAAUCUACUGGAAUUCUAUGUCUUUGCAAAGUCAUUAUAAAAGAUGGAGUUAUGAUGCAGCGCUUCGAUUUUGUUAGAUUGUACAAAUGCAACCGGUGAGGUUUUUUUUGUCUGUAUAUAUAUGUAGUAUAUCAUUAAUAUGAGUUUAAUAUAUACUAAGAUGCCUCGUUUUGGAAUUCUUAUUAUUUUUGAACUGCUGUAAAUAUGUUUCAGUAUUUAUACUCCUGUCUUAGGUAGUCACUCCAAACAGAAACAGUCUCAAAAAUAUAUAUUUUAUAUAUCCUGUUAAUGUCUUCAUGAGGUACUAUAUAUUGACAACUCUAGAUGAGAACGACUGAUAUUUUAAAAAAGUAUUUCAGUUACAAUGUGAAUACACUACAGGAGAAAUGCUAAUACUAUAGAAAUGGAAAUAAUAGCUUCGACUGACCACCUCCAAAGAAUUUCUGAGUGCAUAUCUACUACAUCUUGGCUAGUUACUAGUUAUACCAGCAAAUCAUUUACCUCUCUGUCUACUGGACAGAUUUGCUUCUCAGAACAUUUAAGUCACUGUUUUAUUUUUCCACUGCACUGGUUUACAAGCUUUAGUAACAUCAUUUUUCUACAGGGCUAAAUAUUAUAUGACACCUCAUCUUCUGUUAGCCGGCGCAGAGAUGCUAAUUGUUGAUUGAAGUGCUAUUACGAAGUUUACGAAGACAAUGUUUCAAAGUAAAAAUCCUAUUUGCGAAAAUAAAAGAAAAAUAAAUAAAUAAAAAUAAAAAUAAUGUUUAAAUAAUGUCUCUGUAAGCAGCAGCGAGCAAGCAAACCGAGAUUGCCACUUCAGCUGUUCGGAUUGUGGUUCUUGGGCCACAAAAAGUUAUUUUGUGGUUAUGUUAUAUUGCAUUACUUGGAUGUUAGUUGAAGAAAGAAAAACAUCUACGGUGAGAAA